GCGGCCCCUGCAGCCUGGGCUGACUCAGGACCCAGUGUCCUGGUCGAUGGCUGCGGAUGGGAAUGGCGCCAAGUCGGAGCUGAGUUCCCCUCAGCCAGCCGCUGGAGCUGAAAUGGGGAAGCCACACUUUCUGACCUGAGAGUGGAGCCCGUAUCCUCCGCCCCCACUAGCAGGAGUGCCAUGCACUUUUGCCGUCUCUGCCAUGUUUGCAUGCCUGUUUCAGGCUCCCAGCUGAACUGAAGAAGUGCAGUCUGCCAUGACGGUAGUGGCGGGGUGGGCGGCGAGGAAGGGGUUAUUUAUGAAGCUUCUACUUCUGCACUGCCUCCCCAGUCCUCUGCCAGCUCUGAGAGACGGCGUGAUUGUUCCCAUUUCACAGAUUUGAGGAACUGAAACCCAGGGGACCAGGACCUCCCUCCUCCUCCUCCGGGCCAGGCCAUUCAAGGGUGGCUGGGUCCAUUGCCUCACAGGAACUACUGCGUCCUCCAGUUUGUAGUCCCAACGAGUGUCAGAUGAAGCACACGCGAAUGCUGCUUCUUUUCUGUAGAUGUGGAUCGCCCAGGACUGGAAAACAGGAGCAGGUGCGUGAGCCCAGGCUGAGGCCGGCUCUCUACGUCAAGGCUGCGGGAGUGAUCCGUGCCGCCUGCCACCUGCUCCAGGAUGCUGCCCACCGCUGCCAGCCGCAGGAGGACGUUUGCAGCCAGAUACUUCACCCGCUCCAAAAGUCUGGUGAUGGGGGAGCAGAGCCGGAGCCCUGGGCGGCCACCUUGCCCCCACAAGCCGGGCCCUGUGCUGAAGGCUGGCUGGCUGAAGAAGCAGAGGAGUAUCAUGAAGAACUGGCAGCAACGCUGGUUUGUGCUGCGUGGGGACCAGCUUUUCUACUACAAGGACAAAGAUGAGACCAAGCCUCAGGGAUCUAUCUCCCUACAAGGGACCCAGGUGACCGAAUUGCUUCCUGGCCCUGAAGAUCCAGGCAAGCACCUGUUUGAGAUCAGCCCCACAGGUGGCGCCCGCGAGCGGGAGAAGGUGCCGGCCAACCCUGAGGCACUGCUGCUCAUGGCCAGCUCCCAGCGGGACAUGGAGGACUGGGUGCAGGCCAUCCGCCGGGUCAUCUGGGCCCCGCUUGGCGGAGGUACUGCCCGUAACUCGCAUGCCCACCCUCUAGAACCCUUGUCUCCAGGGAUCUUCGGACAACGCCUGGAGGACACGGUCCACCAUGAGCGCAAGUAUGGCCCCCGCCUGGCACCCUUGCUGGUGGAGCAAUGCGUGGACUUCAUCCGGGAGCGAGGGCUUUCAGAAGAGGGCCUCUUCCGUAUGCCGGGCCAGGCCAACCUGGUGCGGGACCUACAGGACUCCUUUGACUGUGGCCAGAAGCCGCUCUUUGACAGCACCACGGACGUGCACACGGUGGCCUCCCUGCUGAAGCUCUACCUCCGGGAGCUCCCCGAACCCGUGGUCCCCUUCGCCAGGUACGAGGACUUCCUCAGCUGCGCCCAGCUGCUCACCAAGGAUGAGGGGGAGGGGACUCUGGAGCUGGCUAAACAAGUGAGCAACCUUCCCCAGGCCAAUUACAACCUGCUCAGAUACAUCUGCAGGUUUCUGGACGAAGUGCAGGCCCACUCUGACGUCAACAAGAUGAGUGUCCAGAACCUGGCGACCGUCUUUGGACCCAACAUCCUGCGGCCACGGGUGGAGGACCCAGUGACCAUCAUGGAAGGCACGUCCCUGGUCCAGCACCUGAUGACCGUCCUCAUCCGCAAGCACAGCCAGCUCUUUACCGCCAAGGCCCCGGCAGGGCCCGCCUCGCCGCGUGGAGGCUCGCAGUGCACGGUGGGGUGGGACUCCGAGGAGGCCCCGAGGGACAGCCAUGGGGAGCCCGGUGGCCCAAGCCCGCCAGCACACAGGACCUCCUCGCUGGACGGGCCUGCAGCUGCCGCCCUCUCUAGAACAUCCCUGGCAGGCCGGGGGCAGACGCUGCCUGGUUGGAAGGCUUCCUUCCGGCAGGGGGGUUCCCCGGAGGUACCCAUCAUCUCCUCGGGCGGGAACUGGCUCCGGAACGGGCUGUCCUCUCUGCGCGGCCACCGCCGUGCCUCUUCAGGAGACCGGCUCAAGGACACGGGCUCUGCGCAGAGACUGUCCACUUAUGACAACGUGCCUGCGCCCUCUGGCCUCCUGCCUGGCACUGCCAGCUUGGCCAGCACUAACUGGUCCACCGCCUCGACCUCCCGUGAGGCCUCACUCAGCAGCUGCACAGCCUGCAGGGCCAGCGACUCAUCCACCUGCAGCUCCUUGCACACUGAGUGGGCCGUCGAGCCCUCCUCGCUGCCUAGCAGCAGCGACGAGCGUGGGUCCCUGGACCUGGGCCAGGUGGGCAUGGGCAGGGUCCCUAGCAGUGAGCUGAGCGAUGCAGGCAGCCCCUCCUCCCAGGAGCAUGCCCGCCGCUGCCAGGCUCUCCAGGAUCUGGUGUCAGAGCUCCGGGCAGAGCUGUGCCGGCAGAAGACGGAGUAUGAGACCAGCCUGCAAAGGAUUGAAGAAGGCAGCGCUGACUUGAGGAAGCAGAUGUCGCGCUUGGAGGAGGAGCUGGACCAGGAGAAGAAAAGGUACAGCAUGUUAGAGAUCAAGCUGAGGAACUCGGAGCGGGCCCGUGAGGACGCCGAGCGGCGCAACCAGCUGCUGCAGCACGAGAUGGAGGAGUUCUUCUCUACCCUGGGCAGCCUGACCGUGGCUGCCCCUGGCACCCUCUCCCCGAAGCAGCAGGAGGGACAGUGAACGCACAUCCACAGCUCGGAGGCCACCUGUCGGCAGCCCUACCCACUCUGGGCUGGCUGGAGAGAGCCAGAGUCGCGGUCCACCCCCUCCAUUCCAUGCAGGACUUGGGGGGGGGGCGCUUAUCCAAGGCAGGGCCUACUACAUGUCAAGAGGGGGGCUGUGCCAAGAAUACUGUUU